AUGUCGCCAUCACCGCCUACGAAUCCGGCUCCAACUCCGCCACCUCAGCUGAAACCUACUCCAUCUCCAGUGCUACAGAACCACCAUGUUCUGUCCAACCUAUUACAAGCAGCACCUCUUCCAGACUACACAAACUACCUCGUCCACUUAGGUCUUGCACCCAUUGAUACGCUCUCACCCCUUAAUCCAAUCGUGCCAAAAACCGAACCGUUUUGCGGAGACAGUGCUGCUAAGGAUAUCUACAGCAUUCCUCCCAUUUAUGAGCAGAGCUUUGGCUCCAUUUAUGGACACAUCCCCAUAAGUGCCAGUGCCAUAGCAGUAGCUCCAAGCAGCUAUGCUCCCGAACCUCUGGCACCAGUGGAGAACCACGACACGAUGUCUGGAGAGAACACUCAGCUCACUUCGCUUUGA